GCUCUCAGUCUGACAGUAAAGUACUUUAAUAGGAUUCAAUUUCAAUUGUGGCGACGAAUUAAUCUUAACAAAGACCGGCCUCUCGACGCGUGCUCGACACUGUCGUUAAUACAGUUCAAUCCAAAGAAUGUCGAAACUUAACGAACUGUAACCAGUUUGACCCUUUGUCGAACACCUUUGUUCAGAUUUAACAAAGGGAUCUUUGGGAAGAGUUAAUAGUACUCUGGGGAAAAAUUUCACAAGUUUGAAAAUUAUGGAGAUACUUUAUUUGAUUGAUACUGUAAUAAGAAAAUUAUGGGGGUGUAGCAGAAAAACAAUUGUCUGAAAGUUAGGAAAGUUAGGUUAGGAAAGGAUGAUGGAGGCAGAUGAUGGAGGCUACUUAGACUAAUUAUAGUAAAACUGAAAUAUGAAGGCAAAUAUUUAUUGUAAUCACUGUUUAUAGACUUAAAUUACUGAAGUAGUGUCUGGAUGACAAGAUAAAUAAUUUGGUAUUCGUUGUUUGAAUAAAAUUAGCAACUGAAGUGCGUUUGACUAUUAGUGUCCUUAUUGCUACUAUGAGCCAAGUUCCCGUGAUCCAAUGGUGGAGUCGACGAGCAGUGGCAGCAGCAGCGACACAAACGGACCUGUUUGUGCACAGUUGUUGACGCAGUUGAACACGGCCUAUCAACAUCUUGCUCCCGAUGCUCAAGCACUGUUUUACAAUCAGGAGAACGGAGGGAAGCCACCAUUGGUUGGGAUUCAGCUGGUUGUGCCGAAGCCGUCGAAGGAUUAUCGUUUCAUGAAAUGGAACUGGCCGCUCAUACGAAAGACGUGCUUCUGGUCGUUAAUGUCUUUGCUAGCUGGAUGCACGGCACUCGUCAUCGGUGUCAUCGCCACGAUGCCAAGAAAGUGCGACCCAACAGUACAAUGGUGGCAGGGUAGCGUCUUCUACGAGAUCUUCCCAGCCUCCUUCCAAGACUCGUCCAAAGGUGGUGACGGUAUCGGCGACAUACGAGGCAUCACCAUGCGCCUGGACUAUUUAAAGGAAUUAGGUAUUCGGGGGAUUCGUUUGAACUCCAUUUUCCCAGCGGUGCAUUACCCGGAAUACUACUCGAACAUCGACAACCUGACAGACUUGAACGAACACCUGGGAACGUUGGACGAUUUCGCCAUACUGGUUCGAGAGGUUCAUCGCAGAAACAUGAGCCUACUCUUGGAUCUACCUCUGUAUCCCUUUAUAAAGACAUUGUUCGAGGAUGAUAUCCCUGAAAACAAGUCAAACAAGACGAACAAAGCGUUACGAGAGAGGAGGGAUGUUACCGAUGACACUCUGCUGCAGAAGGUGGUGCCGACGACACCCUCCUCGUCGAUUCAGGCGAUUCAACAGGCUAUGUUCCCGACAGCCCCCCCUCUGGAGCAGUCGCAGCAACAAGCUCUUCUGUCGAAUGCAGUGAAACCUAUGACGGAGGAUCCGAUUACCACCGCGAUCAGGAUCUGGUUACAGAGGGGCGUCGAUGGGUUCUAUCUGAAAGGACUCGAGCACUACGUCGACGAAGAAUCCUUCGCGAGCAAUGUAAGGCAUUGGAAGUCCAUUUUGGGACCAGAAAGGAUACUCAUUUGUCACGUAGACGCACUGAACGCUGCGAAAUCCGUCGCUGCAAAAAACUCCAUUUUGAAUAGGGUGGAUCUGGUAGACGUUACGUUGCGCAUCGCGAACGGAACCAAAGAGAUCAAGAGACAGAUCGAGGACAUCACGAGAGGUUUGUUGUUCGAGAAACCCGGGUAUCCUUGGAUACAUUGGUCCAUAGGCGGAGUGGACUUCGCGAGGAUAGCCUCUACCGUUAACGUCAAGAACGCCACCAUGGCUACUACUUUGUUAGGGAUGAUGCUACCGGGAACGCCGAGUAUAUUUUACGGAGACGAGAUAGGUAUCGUGGACUGCGAAUGCGAGGAUCACAAAGACCUUGCCCACGUGCAUAAUGUGCCCCCUAUGUACUGGGACAAGAACAAUGAAUCUGGCAUUAAGUUUACGUCCCUUCCUACAGCGUGGCUUCCGGAAGCUACGAAACCUUUAGAGACGAGUCUGAUCGGAACAAUUGCUGCGAUGGCGCAUCUCCGAUCGCAAACUACUCCGAUUUAUGUUAAAGCGGUGCUAAAACAGAACCAGGUGCUGGCGAACUGUGAUAUUAGAUACGCAGAAGAUGAAAUCAUCGUAAUAGAACGAUGGUAUCCACGACGAAAUUCGUACGUGUUUGUGGCGAAUUUAGGCAACGAGACACAGACGAAGGAUUUAUCUUUCCUCUACUAUGGCGGCCAUGUCGUGGUUGGUCCGACGUACAGAAUGAACCGAGAAGUCUAUUUAAAACAGCUAGUUAUACCUCCGGGCGAGGCACUCAUCAUAAAACUCGAUAAAUAAGAUCUAAUUCGAAAUCAAAAUGUUACGUACCAUGUUCGUCUUUUUUAAUUGAUGUAUUAACGUGAAUUUGUGAUAUUUCAUUUGGACGAUAUCGUUGCGAACGUUGUACAACGAAUAUUGAAAUGCGAAAGUUCCUAUUUAUUGGAGAUCAAGCGUGCUUGAUCUGAUGAUGAAUGGAAAAAAAAGAAUCAAAAUUUAGAUUAACGAUAAAUGAUAUCGAAGAAGCACAACGAAUGUUCGAGCAUUUCACAUUCCAGAAAAAAGGGCAGAUCAUUUCACGUUCGCUUGUGUUCAUCUUUGACGAUCAAAUUCUAGAACGAGGCACUCGUCCUCCAUUUUGUACGUCCUAAUUGUUUUGAUAAUAAAACUCAAUAUAUUUGCGGCUCUAUUGAAUCUGUUCACGAUCGUACUUCGGUUUCGAGCUGUUUUACAUUCGUGAAGUACAAGAAAAUUUCUUUGUAUCGAAUAGAUCUUUUUUUAAAUCUCAGGUCGAAUUUGAAAGUAACACGAAAUAUUUUUAUAAUAUAUUUUAUCGCGUGUCAUACGAACUGUUCGCAACGUACGUAAUUUUCCCUUCUUUUAUAGUAAAUUUCGUACUGAUCGAGCGAUGUUUUAUCGAUGCGUGAAUUAAAUGGUGCUUAUGUAAAAUCAAUAUUUUUGUAUUUUCAUUCAAUACACCAUGACUCCAUCACGUGUCCUUUUGACACACGUCUUUGUAUUUUGCCUGUGAUUUAUUUGUAAUAUGUGUUCGUUCGAAAUCAAAAUAUUCCAGGUACAAAUUGUGUAUACAGUAAACAUUAAUGCAGGAUAAACAGUUUAAUAAAAGUUAUCAGUUAUUGACUAAAUAAUCAACUAUGUUAUUGGCGUGUAAUUAAUUACCCAAGUCUAUGUACGGGUAACUAGAUCAUCUCUAGAUUUACUAGAUUAAAUUAUUAUUAAUAACUGCUUUUCUAGAAUGACUAUACAAAUUUAUAAUAAAAAGCACUUAUUCGAUAUUGUAAAAUAUAAAAAUAGUUAAAAGUUUAAUUUUAGUGCCACAUGUUUAUAGCGCAGUCUGUAGAUAAUAUACCGAACUAAAUUAGUAUAAGAUUGUUAAAUGUCCGUGGUUGAGAACCACUUGCACUUUUCUCGCAAGUGCUCGCAUGCGGCAGUAGUUCAUACAUAAAUGUUCUGUAAAACGGUAGACCUGCAGAAGUUUCUUCGAGCAACACCGCGGAGCCACAAUCGGAGUUCUCAGUGACUCUCAUGCUCUGAGGAAAGUCCCUGGACCCUCGGCAGAAAGUGUCGUAGUACAAAAGCUACUAGCCUGCCGCCAUCUUCUCGAUAAGGAAAGGAAGCUUCGGCUGAUCUUCGAGUUGGGCGGUAGAGUAUUGGUCAAAGCACAGUAAUGUUGUCGAGACAAAAUUCUUCUCUAACUCAUACGAGUAGGGAGAAGAAUUUGUCCAACCCAACAGGGCUUAUAACGAGGAAACUUCAUCUUUUC